GAAACGAAGGAAAGCUGUUGGAUGCAAGUGGAGCUACGCUAGCUACAAGAACUAAUUGCUUCGCAUCCUACCUAUAUCCUGUACCUGCCGUUUCUCUUGGUACCAGGCACUAGGGAAUCCAAGGUCGGGCCCCAAAAGAAAAAUAGAAAAGAAAAAGCAAAAAAAAAGAGAAAAGGAGAAAUUGUAGUCAAGCGAAACUUCCUUCCUUGCAGCUAUCUUUGCCCUCUUGAGCUCCUUUCGAAUGCAUACAGUCCCUGCUUGGCAGUAAAGAAACAACCGUGAGAGAACGAGCUCUACACACUCCCUAGCUAGUACUCACCUCUAGCAGGGCUAUUGCCAUAUUGGGACUAACAGCUCACCCACAUACACGUACUUUGCUGCUCGAAGAACAUAUUGUCGCCUUUUCAGGAAGGACUGAUACGAGGAGAGAAAGGCAAGGGAAUAGGUGCGAGCAUACGAGCGGACACAACCGCAACCAUGAACCACCAACAACAUCAGCAACAACCCACUUCGGCUCCACAACCACCCGUACCUAUAUCGAUUACGAUAUGUGGUGAUGGCGGUUGUGGUAAGUCAUCUAUCACCCUACGAUUAGUCCGUUCACAGUGGACGUCCGAGUACGAUCCAACCAUCGAAGACAGCUACAGCAUCACCCGACGCAUCGAUGGUACUACCUAUCACCUAUCCCUGACAGAUACUGCCGGCCAAGAAGAGUAUCGCGGCAUGUGGGCAUCGUCGAAUCUCAGCGCCGACGCUUUCCUCCUAGUUUAUGAUAUCACCUCGCUCGAUAGUCUCGACGCUCUGAAUUAUUUCAACGAUCUUAUUGAUAUGGAAUCGGAAACGCGCUUAGAUAAUGCGGCGCGGGCGAAGAAGGCUGGCCUAAAUGCUGGAAACAGAAGAGGGCCCGGUGGAAUGGGAGGCGCUGGCAGUGGUGCGAGGAUGAUCCCCCCAGUCAAGAUCGUCGCCGGUAACAAGUGUGACCUACAAGAGUCACGACAGGUCUUGGCAGCCCAGGGCCUAGAGUGGGCACGCAAACGUGGAUGCGGCUUUAUGGAGACAAGUGCACGCCUCGAGGUCAACAUUGAAGAGACGUUCGCUCUCAUCGUACGUCGCGUUGUAGAAGGCCGCCGUCUAGCCGAGAUGGGCGUUCUUGACAACACCGAGAUGGAUCGCCGUGGUGUCACAAAGCCCCUCACGCCCCUGGGUAGCAGCGAUGACCGCGAUACGGAUACGGAGAAGCCAGGACGCUCGGGCCUGAUGCGAGGACCACGACUCGGCGACGGCCAACGACUCGGUUUCGGCAUGAGGGGAAGAGAUGGGUUCUGGAGAAGUCUGCGAUGUUGGUAGGGAGGGAUAUUCUCCAUUAUUGCCUAAUACGAUCGCUAUAAUGAAUCAGGCGAAAAUCAUUCUCAUCCCCCAGGACUCUCCGAAGAGAGAAAACUGGACACGAUGCACGGAACAGUGCACGGAGGGCAACAGUGCCGUACUAUUGGAGGAUCUUACGAAUCAACGAAGCAAAUCAUUCUCAGCCUAGGUACCUAAGUACAAUGGUUGUGAUCCACUAGGCUUAACCCCAAGUGAGUUGUGUGUUUUUAGGAGUCAGCACUUGGGUACCAAGGCGAGGAAAU